AAGAAGAAACUGCAAUGACAGAAAGCAUCCAUGCCGUACCAGGUGCCGUCCUCCAUCGCCUCAUCUCCCGCCGUUCGAUCAAAAUCCACCACUGGAACCCACUUCCCCCCUCCCCCAUCCGAUCGCCUCCGCCCGCGACACUCUCCCUCCGUCGCCCCGGGGCUUCCCUUCGCCGCGAUUUUUCCUCCCUGAUGGCUUCUCCGGCACCCUCCUUGGCUCCGGGCAGUCCCUUCGAACUAAAUGAUGAAUCAGACUUCGAUUCUAUCAUAACCCCUGACGGUUUCCUCUCCGUGCUCGGCUUUGGCUCUCUUCUUUCGGAGAGGAGUGCCAGGAGCACUUUCCCUGAUCUCAAAAACUUCCGCAUUGCGGUGCUCCGCGGGUUUCGCCGGGUCUUUGCUCAUGUCGCGCCGAUUUUUUUCGAGCGCGGAAUUGCUAAUGAGGCGACGGGGGAGGUCUCGAGUUUGAGUGUGGAGCCUUGCGAGGGUGAAUUCCUUAUAGUGACUGUAUUUGAGAUCAAGAAAGAGGGGGUUCCUGCCUUUAUAGAGAGAGAGAACGAGUUCAGAUUUUUAGCCGUUUACCCUGAAUAUUUAGAUGGUAUUUCAUUUACAAACCCUGCUGUUGUUUGUGCACGCUACAGCGAUGAAGAAUAUUUUCAUAUAAGAUGCAAAGGUAACAAGGGCACUUUUUUUAAUCAGUAUGGACGAUACAACAUACAGAAGAUAUGGCGUGAUGAUAUUUUGCCUUGUCGGGUAUAUCUUAGGCAUUGAUGAACAGCGGAGGUACAAUGAGUUGAGUUUAAUUCAAGAACGGACCCAUUGAGCAGUCGGAGGAAUAUGAUGUGCUUCCAGAGAAAACAAAGCAUUGACCUAUGUGACACAUAAAUUAGCAGCUUCCAAAGAUUGCAAAUAUGUGCAUUGAAGAAGUGGAUGAGGAAGUUGUGAAACUAUUGAAGGUCAGGUUCAAAAAGGAGAUUCUGAUGGAGCAUGCUAGUGUGGUGAUGGGUAAUGAAUAGAAUGGAAAAUAUGCGUAUGGUCUGGCACAACUUGGGCCAUGGGCAACAUGUCACGCCAAACAGCUGUGUUGUGUUGGGUAGGUUGUACCAGAGGUUGGGCCACGUACAAGCAGAUCCUUAGGUUGUACCAGAGAAGACGAAAAUAUAGUAAUAUUCACGGAGUAAAUAAUGGAUGAGCCUUAGGUGGUGGAGUACAAUUGAUUCUU